AUGACUUCAUUGCGCCGGGUCUUUGCUACUGCAGCACUCUGCGUGCUUGGUGGACAGACUGUUCUGGCAGCGCCGCUCUCGAGUGCGCACGACCUGGCAGUUGACUUGGGCUAUGGCGUCUACCAAGGCGCUCACAACUCCACCACGCAGCUCAAUGUCUGGAAAGGUAUCCGUUACGCCGCUCCUCCAACAGCAGAUCUCCGCUGGCAAGCUCCAGCUGCACCGGCGGUCUCUCAAAACGGCACUGUGAAUGCGACUGUUUUCGCGCCGGGAUGUCAUCAAGCAAAACCAUCACCGUUCCUCAGCGCCCCUUCACCUUCCGGCAGUGAGGACUGCCUGUUUCUCAACGUCUAUGCACCCGACUAUGAGGAGGGAAAGAAUCUGCCCGUGCUUGUCUGGAUCCACGGAGGUGGCUAUGGUGCUGGUAACGGGCGGCAGGACAUGAGUGAGAUUAUCAAUGCGAACUCGAAUAGCUUUGUUGCUGUUUCCAUUCAGUACCGGCUUGGAGCGUUUGGAUUCCUUUCUUCGGUGGAGGUGGAACAGAACGGUGUCGUCAAUGCCGGCAUCCUUGACAUGGCUUUUGCUUUGCGUUGGGUGCAAGACCACAUCGGUCAGUUUGGAGGAGACGCUUCGAGAGUCACCAUCUCGGGCGAAAGUGCCGGUGCUGGCGGAGUGAUGCUGCUCGGCAUCGCGCAGAACGGUACGCUGGGAACGUCUCUCUUCAGUGGUAUCGUGGCUGCUUCUCCCUACCUCCCACCGCAGUAUAACUUCGAUGCUUCGAUACCAACGCAGAAGUACCAGAGCUUUGCUUCCCGCGCCGGCUGUGCCAAUUCGACAGAGACGCUCGCCUGUCUUCGAUCCAAGGACUCCACGACAUUGCAAGCGGCCAACUCAGCCGAGAACAGCGCCAACUUCUACGGCAACUGGGCCUUCCUGCCCGUCACGGAGCCAGAAACCGGCUUCAUCAGCACGCUCCCCAGCGCGUCUCUAGCCGCCCAACGCGUCAACGGCCAGCACGUCCUCGUCGGCAACAACGCAAACGAAGGCGCGCUCUUCGUGCCGCCCACCAUCAACAGCACCGCAGCACUGCAGACCUGGCUCCAAGACGCCUACCCCUCCCUCUCAGCGACGGAUCUCGAGCAGAUCCUCACCGCCUACCCAGCAUCGAAUGCGACCAGCACCUCCAAACACGCAACUUCUGGCCUCGGUCCCGCAACCGCCCUCGACGUCAGCCAACUCGCCACCGGCCCCCAGCAACGCGCAAACAACAUCUACGGCGAAGCCACUUUUGUCUGCCCAUCCUACUUCCUCAGCGACGCCUUCGCGACCCACACCCGCACCGCCCACCACUACCAGUACUCGGUGCCCGGGGCGCUGCACGGCAGCGACGUCCCGGCGUACUUUGGCCCCGCCACGCCGAACCAGCCGCCGUUGUGGACCCAGGUCGUCAGGCACAUCUGGGGCGGCUUUGUGCAGCGCGCGGCCCCGGCGAGCGCCGCUGGCCUGGGGAACUUGACGUGGCCCGCGUGGGUCCCCGACGGGGAGAGUCGGAUGCUGGAUUUGAACACUACGGGGGGCGUGCCGUAUGUUGAGCCGUUGAUUUUUGGUGUGAAUGUCACGCAGUUUAGGGAGCCGGGGGUGGAGAAUGUGUUUCGGGUUGUGGACGCGUUGAGUUGGGAGGGCGGGAGGGGGCGGAGGUGUGCGUUUUGGAGGGACAUUGCGGGGAGGGUGCCGAUGUAA